AAUUCAUCUACUUUCAUGCAACCACCCUCUUCUUUCCAAGGAGCGACUAACAACAAACCUCCACAAGGAAUGGAUUCAGUUACUAUCGAGUUUGACGGUGCUUCGAAAGGAAACCCAGGAAAAGCUGGUGCGGGAGCUGUUCUUCGUGCUCCAGAUAAAAGUGUGCUCUGCUAUUUACGUGAGGGUGUGGGCACUGCCUCGAACAACGUUGCAGAGUAUAGAGCUCUGAAUCUUGGUCUCAAGUGUGCUCUUGAGAAAGGAUUUACAAAUGUGCGCGUCCAGGGAGAUUCAAUGCUUGUCUGUAAGCAGGUUCAAGAUGCAUGGGAAACCAAACACCCAAAAAUGGCUGAGCUUUGCAACCAGGCCAAGGAGCUUAAGAGUCAGUUUAAAUCAUUCGAUAUUCAACACGUUGACAGGGAGUUCAAUUCUGAUGCUGAUACUCAAGCUAACUAUGCGAUCCAUCUCGCAGAGGGUCAAACGAAAGAGAUUGCAGGCGGUUAGAAGAGGAGAUUACUAUAGACAUAGAAAUAGUAAUAUUCCUGUUUUCUUGUUUCUCGGAU